GACCAAGAAGGGUGCCACAACAACGCUCUUCAAGCUUUCGACUUUACAAUAUUCUCCGCCGGACUCGACUGAAGCACCUGACACCUCCGUCCAUGGCGACGCCCGUUGGCUCUUCCUCUUCUCCUCCUCCGCAGGAAAACCCAAUUGCAGAAGACGACUUGGACUUGAUAUAUGGAGCUGAAUCGGGUUGGGUCGAUGCUCGGACUUCCUGCGAUCACCUGCCUUCUCUCUCCUCCGAUCUCGUUCACAUUCCCACCCCUGACACUAACUGCAACAGAUGCCAGCACCCGAGUGAGAACUGGUUAUGUUUGUGCUGUAAGGAAGUCCUGUGCAGCCGUUUUGUAAACAAGCAUAUGCUGCAGCAUUAUCAGCAGAUACAUCAUUGUCUUGCUCUUAGCUACAGUGAUCUCUCAGUUUGGUGUUUCUCCUGUGAUGCAUAUUUGGAUGCUCAACUGAUCCCACAAUUGCGGCCUGUAUAUGAGACUGCAUACCUACUCAAGUUUGGUGAGGCCCCGCCAGUCCGUACUGCUUAAUGGCCAACAUGGAAAAUCAGCAACUGGACAGUUAAUAUAUGGAUGUCAUCUUAGUAACAAUACUCUAAUUGGAGUUUUACUUAGUUGAAGAGUUGAUUUAAGAAGAAAUUCAUAUCAGUGUUACUGUUGCAUUUGACAUGGUAUUGUAUGCAUGAUUUUCUAGUGAACCACUAUUUGGCCCCAAAAAAAUUA